AGUAACUCGGGAAAGGAGAAAACUCAUGGUGGUAAUUCACGGGCGGAAGGAGGGGGGCUGUCUAUUUUGCUAUUAAUCGGAUCGUCGAGAUUUUGUGACCGCAGACUGCACCUGAUAAGCUGUUGCUUGAGUUUAUAUGGAUGGAGCCGAGUCCGCCUCUCAAAGUUGGAUGUAUCUGGUGAAGUGCUGCUCAGGUUUGGACGAUACGCUGCGCACGGCUGGAGAGAUCAACGCUGGACUUUUCGCUGCUUACACCUGCGGCUCCUAACUUAUUUUCUACAGAUUCACUUAGAGUCGGACAAUUCCAACACAGUCUGGAGUUGGGGAGUCGUCUCUGGAAGUUGAGAGCCGUUCUGCCGCGGGUGGGCACAUCAACUUUGAUUCCAGGAGUCAAUCCGUGCGCAGUGUCCCCCUAAUACACUUCGCCGUUGGAUGUUUUCAAACGUGUUGCCAAAAACAGCGGCCUCGCUGAGAAAGUAGUUUUCUCCCUUUUAUGGACAAACUAUAGCGACUUAACUUUAAGUCAGGCGGGACUUGUACGUUAGUUAUGUUGUCUCGUCUUUGAUUUUAAGCCCGCGUCGGAGUCCCAAGGAGAAAGUUGAAGUGGGUACUUGUGUCAAACAUGACUCUUGUUGGGACGCAGAUGAUUUUAAGGCUACGACGCUUUCUAUGCUAGCCUCUGUGGUACAGGUAGAUAAUUAAUGUGCUUCAAAAGGCUCCCACCUUUUCCAAAGCUACAUUAAUAUUCCACUUUGUAGGCACAAGCAGACCUAAGCGGCCGCGCUAUUAAAACUGGAUACAAAAUGGCGGCGUCCCUGGGACUAUUUGGAUAUAUGUGUCGGUGUUUCUUUUAUUUAAUUUUAUCAGUCGAACUGUUCGGCAGUUGUGGAUUGGGCUCGGAAGCACCGUGUCCCCAGAACUGUACCUGCGACGGAGAUUCAGUUGACUGUAGCAGUCUGGAGCUGACGGCUACGCCUCUGGACCUUCCAAUCCGGACCGUUUCCUUAAAUCUUGGCCACAACAAACUCACAUCCAUCAGCGUGGAAGCCUUUUCCAACCUUCCCAACCUAAGAGAGCUACGCUUGGACCACAAUGAGCUGACUUCCAUACCAGAUUUGGGACAGGCUGCUUCCAGGAUUGUAUCCCUGUACCUACAUCAUAACAAGAUCCGCAGCAUUGAUGGCAGGCGGACCAGAGAGCUGCUGUCUGUGGAAACCCUGGACCUGAGCAAUAAUGACAUCACUGAGCUUAAAGGGCACUGCUUCACCGCCGGCCUUCAAAUCCGAGACCUGUACCUGAGCAACAACAAGAUCAGCUCCUUGGAGCUGGGCGUGCUGGACCAUCUGGGCUCCACGCUGCAGGUUCUGAGGCUGAGCCGGAACCGCAUCAGCCAGAUCCCCGUGCGGGCCUUCCAGCUCCCGAGGCUCACCCAGCUCGAACUGAACAGGAACCGUAUCCGUCAGAUUGAAGGCCUGACCUUCCAGGGUUUGUCCAGCCUGGAGGUGCUCAAGCUGCAGAGGAACAGCAUCAGCAAGCUGACCGACGGAGCUUUCUGGGACCUCUCCAGAAUGAAAGUGCUCCACCUGGAGUACAACAACCUGACUGAGGUGAACAGUGGCUCGCUGUAUGGCCUGACCUCUCUUACGCAACUAUUUCUGAGUAACAACUCCAUAGCCAGCAUCAACCCUGACGGAUGGAAGUUCUGCCAGAAGCUGAGAGAACUGAAUCUGUCCUACAACAACUUGACCCGUCUGGAUGAGGGGAGCCUGGCUGUGCUGGGGGACCUCCACACCCUCCGGCUGGGCCACAACUCUAUCAGCCACAUCAACGAGGGAGCCUUUAGGGGCCUCAAGGCCGUACGCGUCCUGGAGCUGGACCACAACGACAUCUCAGGCACAAUAGAGGACACCAACGGGGCCUUCUCUGGAUUGGACCGGCUCUCCAAGCUGACUCUGUUUGGAAACAAGAUCAAAUCGGUGGCCAAGAAAGCCUUCUCUGGCCUGGAGACCCUGGAACACCUGAACCUGGGGGAGAACGCCAUUCGCUCCAUCCAGCCCGACGCGUUCAGUAAGAUGAAGAACCUCAAAAGCCUUGUCAUCCAGAGCAGCAGCUUCCUGUGCGACUGCCAGCUCCAGUGGCUGCCCGGCUGGCUGGUGACGCGCGGGCUGCAGGCCGGGGUCAACGCCAGCUGCGCCCACCCGCUGAGCCUGCAGGGCGCCAGCGUCUUCCAGGCUCCGCCCAACACCUUCGUUUGUGACGACCUCCCCAAGCCCCAGAUCACCGUGGAGCCGGAAACCACGGUGACGGUGCUGGGCAGCGACGUGCGGCUCACCUGCACGGCGGCCAGCAGCAGCUCCUCCCCCAUGACCUUUGCCUGGCGCAAGGACCAGGAGCUGCUUCAGCACGCCGAGAUCGAGAACCACGCCCAGCUGCACCCGGCCACGCCCGGGGCGGGGCCGGCGGGCGGAGGCGUGACGGAGUACACCACCAUCCUGCACCUGCGCCGCGUCACCUUCGCCCACGAGGGCCGCUACCAGUGCAUCAUCUCCAACCACUUCGGCGCCACCUACUCCAAGAAAGCGCACCUCGUCGUUAACGUGCUGCCGUCCUUUGUGAAGACUCCGAGGGACAGCACCAUCCGGACGGGCCACACCGCCCGGCUGGAGUGCGCCGCCGAGGGCCACCCGGCGCCGCAGAUCGCCUGGCAGAAGGACGGCGGCACCGACUUCCCGGCGGCCCGCGAGCGCAGGAUGCACGUCAUGCCAGACGACGACGUGUUCUUUAUCACGGCCGUCAAGCCCGAGGACAUGGGCGUGUACAGCUGCACAGCCAAGAACACGGCGGGCGCCGUCUCCGCCAACGCCACCCUCACCGUGCUGGAAACGCCCUACCUGGUGCAGGCCCUGAAGGACCGCAGCGUUGCCCUGGGCGACAUGGUGGCGCUGCAGUGCAAGGCCCUGGGCAGCCCGCCCCCCCGCAUCACCUGGCUGCGCGACGACCAGCCGCUGCGCCCCUCUGACCGGCUGCACUUCACCCCGGGCAACCAGCUGCUGGUCAUCAGCGCGGCGGCGGCGGAGGACGCCGGCCGCUACACCUGCGUCAUGUCCAACACGCUGGGCACGCAGCGCGCCCACAGCCAGCUGCAGGUGCUGGAGGCGGCCGAGCGCCGCGGCAACAGCCCCUGCGACGCGCCGGCCGGCCUCAGCGCCGUCGCCGUGGGCGUCAUCGUCAUCACCGUGGUGACCAGCAUCGUGGUGACGUCGCUGGUGUGGGUGUGCAUCAUCUACCAGACCAGGAAGAAGAGCGAGGAGUGCAGCGUGACCAACACAGAUGAGACCAUCGUCCCGCUGGACGUGCCCAGCUACCUCUCCUCCCAGGGCACCCUGUCCGAGCGGCAGGACGUGUGCAUCCGCGUGGAGGCGGGCGGCAGUCCUCAGCCCAACGGUCACCUGGACCCCACAGGCUUCAGCGGAGCGGUGGUGUGCACGGACUGCAUGGAGACCUCCAGCAGUUACUCCAAAGACCCCGACUACCUGAGCCACGGGUUCGGGCCCCCCCCGGGCGCCGAGUACCAGCAGCAGUGCGUGCCCCCGCCCUACUCCCGCUGUUACCCGGGGGACGCCCCCCCCCUCUCCAACGGGACUCCCUGCGGGCUCCGGAAGGACACUCAAGGAUCCACGCUUCCCAAAAAUCACAACACGAUACCGGCCAGCCGGGAGCACACAACAGCGGCGGGCAGAGGGGGACGGACGCUGGCGGGCGCCCCAUCGCAGGAAGACUCCUUCCACAAGCCGGUGAAGCUGUCCGGCGGGCCGGGCGGCCGAUGUGUGGACAGUGACUGUGAGCCUGAGCUCCGGCAGACUCUGCUGCCCAACGGACACACCCUCAGAGCCGCUCAGAGUGAGAGCGCCCCUCUGAGGAGAGCCAGCGACUAGCAGCCGCCCAGCUCGCCCCAAACUGUGGACUUGUUUUUUUUUUUUUGUUUGUUUAGUUUAGGUUCGUGUUCUUUGCACUGGGAAAUAAACUGCUACCUCAUACGGAGGGGAACAGGCCCGGGCCUCCUGGUUCUGGACUGGCGGGGGGGCCCGGGGCACGGAGAGCAUCCGGAGUCUGAAGGUGGAGCUUGUGUGGGUGGCGUCCCAUCUGAGCGUAUCAGCUGUAAAUAUUUUUAAAAACCUUCCUUUGGGAGGUGACCAAUGAGGAAAAGAAAAAAAGUCUAGCUCCAAAAAAUGUGACUUACAUUUGAAGCAUGUAAAUGUAGGGAAUCUUGUACAGUGUAAGUAUGUGGAGGGGGGGGGGGGGGGCUGCGAGAGAAAUAUACCAUGAGACUUUUGACUGUACAUAAGAGUUUUCUUAUAUAUUAUAUAACUUUUACAAAAGAGUGUUUGAAUAUAUGUGCAUGGCAAAGAAAGGAGUGAUAUUUUUAUUUUUCUUAGGGGACAAAAGACAGCGUUUUUCAGCUUUUACCAACUUUCAGCUGCAGUGCCUUAUUGCAUGAUCAAAGACAACUGGUGAUGACAUAUUAAGAGACAUUUUACGAGAGAGAUACUGGUACACUUUUUGUUUUUUUACAGCAAACAAAACACUCGAUUGCACUUGAAUGUGUUAUUUUUUUUCAGGCGGGGGUUGGGUUUAGAGAAAUGGCACCAGCUAUGGCUUUACAGAGACAUCCCUCUCAUGCGCUGUUGUUGUAUGAAGGUUGAUCUUUGAUCCGAGUUUCUCUGGUGUGUCAAAUGGUGCGAAGGGUUACGUUUGCAGGCAGUCAAGCUAAAGCACUUUUUUAUACUCACUUCAUAAAGAGGCAGAUUGUGCACAUCGUCUGCCGGCAGGAAUGCAGGAACCUUCUCUGUGCGAGGAGACAUUCCACAUACUUUUGACACCAGCGGCGUCAAACUGUACACGCUUCCCCCCCCCCCCACUUCUCCACCCUUUGACAUUGCCACACGGUACAGCAAUGCCCCCUCUGACCAGCUUGGGCUAAAAGCUUCUCUUUUUUUGAAUGAAAGUCAGGAUCUUAAAAGUGAAAAUUGGAGCUAGUGUGCGGCCAGCAGCAGCUGUUGUUUAAAUGCAGUAUGAGCCCAUUAUCUCAACGCGGCGUUCUUGGCCACAUUCACAGUCGAAGCUGCAAUCCUGUGCUCUGGAGGCCUUCCAGUAAAUGGGCUACAUGAAAUAUUGUUUGAGUUCAGGAGAUUCUGUCGUACUGCUGUAAUGGGCACCAGCAUCCAGCGUUGUGCGUUGGGAAGCCAACGGCCAGUAUUCUGCCUCAGUUCAGUCCCGUUGCGGUUUGGAGGCUCCACGGAAAUGCAUCGCACCCCAUAAGCAGGGUUGUCCAAAGGCCCACAGGUAGAGAGCGGGCCACAUUCAGAGCGGCUCCAUUGUGGAUGGCGUGCGUGCGUUUCCUCUGGUCUGAGCUGAGCUCUGUAAGCAGAGGCCUGGCCGAGGUAAGGCUGAGGACACCAGAGUCCAGUUACACCUGGUAGCGCCUGUCAGAGCCCCGUGCGGCGGGUUAAAGGGCCGGGGCGCAGUGAGCAGCGGCUCCCAUUCGGAGACUUAAUUUAUUGAAGCAAACUGUUUGAAUAUGUGUCGUGCCACCGUCAAAGCUGAAACAGUGAAGUGUCUAACAUGGCAUUGAAGUGUCUAAUAAAAA